AGGAUAUGAGACGCCAUAAUUCAUGUAUUUGAACUCUUUGAUAUAAGUAUGAAGUUUAAGAGUGAGUAUAAAUCUCUUAUCUACAGUUGUAUGGCCAUACAUUCAAAAUACAAGAGAUUUUAAAUACAAUAUGUGACAACAUGGGCCAAGUGGGAGAAUGUUAGAUUAUGGCCCCACAAUUGUCACAAAUUGGGCCUUUAAACUAGGCCCGUUAAGUCUAGCUCGUUAUCUAGAACCAUGUAUUACGGUUUCUCAUAUGGAUGAGAUUAACUGUACGGGCGGUUUUUUUAUACGGGACAGAAAUCGCGGAUGGAAGUUCCGUAACUUCCAUCCUUCUUCCUCUUUAAAAAUGCACCUUUGAUGGGAGGAUUGGAGAUCUAUAAUACGAGAGAAAAUUAGAGAGAGGUCCUUGGCCUUGCAAGCAAGAAGCCAUGUUCCAUCAUUAGCGCUUAAGAGAGGCUAGAAGAUUUCACUCUUUUUCUGUCGAAGGAUUGAGACCGCAUCCGGCUUGUGUGGAUCGACAUCUUCUUUAUGGCUGGAGGUAUUUUUCGCAUUGAGAUUAAGUUAUUCAUCUCACAGACUAGUCCUAUCACGAAGCGCUAAGUAAUCUAUAAAUAUCCAUGGGGAUCCAUGUAAGCUGGCCUAUUAAGGAAAAAAGAGAGAGAAAUAGAGUUCGAAUGCGCGCCGCUCUCCCCUUCACCUCUCCCUCGGUGGUGCUACCAGCUGUCGUCUCAGCCUCGGUGGUGCGCGGCAAGACGAUGCGUCUCAGCGCCAUUCCAAUGGUUCGCGUGCUGCCUUCAUCCUGGAUCGCUCGUGCGCCCGCGAUGCACGCCGCAUCCCACGCCCUCUCUCUUUCGAACCAUCUCUGUUUUCCCUCUCCCGUCGUCUCUCCUUCAAUCCAUCAUGGCGUCAGCUACAGAGGAAGAAGCAAGCAAGCUCCGGGUUUUCUUCAUCCCCUUCUUCGCCUCGGGCCACAUGAUCCCCAUGACCGACCUCGCCCGCCUCUUCGCCGGUCGCCCUGGCGUGGAGCCCACCAUCGUGGUUACCCCCGCCAACGCCGCCCUCAUCCGCCCCACCCUCGACCGCUCCGCCGCCGACGGCCGCCCCGUCCGCCUCCUCCUCUACCCCUUCCCUUCCGUCGGCCUCCCCCCUGGCGUUGAGAACCUCAGCACCGCUACAGCCUCCGAGGCCUGGCGCGUCUACAAGGCCGUCGACCUAGCCCAAGAGGCCCACGACCAGCUCCUCCGCCAUCAUCACCCCGACGCCAUCGUCGCCGACGUCCCCUUGUGGUGGACCACCCCUAUCGCCGCCGACCUGGGCAUCCCCCGCGUCACCUUCCACGCCGUCGGCGUCUUCCCCCAGUUAGCCAUGAACAACCUUACCAAGAUCCGAUCCAAGAUUCGAGAAGUCGAGAACGGAAGCGAACAGAUCGCGGUCCCGGACUUCCCGGGCCCACCGAUCACGAUCCCCAUGUCGGAGCUGCCGGAGUUCCUCCGGUCGCCGGACCACCUCACCGAGGCGUGGGACCGGCUGAAGGAGGCGCAGCUGGAGAGCUACGGCGUGGUGGUGAACACCUUCCACGAACUUGAGCCCGAGUAUUGCGACCUCUUCCGGAAGGUGGACUGCAAGCGGGCCUGGUUCGUGGGCCCCGUCGCGCUGUCGUACGGGGAGGGCGCCAAGGAGCGGGGCGGCGGGGGGACGGCCGCGGAGGGCGGGAACCGGUGCCUCAAGUGGCUGGACACCAAGGAAGAGGGUUCGGUGGCGUUCGUUUGCUUCGGGAGCUGGUGCCACUUCACGGCGGAGCAGCUCCGGGAGGUGGCGGCGGGGCUGGAGGCGUCGGGGAAGGCGUUCCUCUGGGCGGUGAGGGGAACCACCGAGGAAGCCGCCAAGACGGAAGAGUGGAUGCCGGAGGGGUGGGAGGAGAGGGUGGGAGAGAGGGGACUGGUGGUGAGAGGCUGGGCCCCGCAGGUGGCGAUUCUGGAGCACAAGGCGGUGGGGGCGUUCCUGACCCACUGCGGGUGGAACUCCGUGCUGGAGGCGGCGGUCGCCGGUGUGCCGAUGCUGACAUGGCCGCUGGCCUUCGAGCAGUUCAUCAACGAGCGGCUGGUGGUGGAGGUGAUGGGUGCCGGGAAGAGGGUCUGGGACGGGUUCCGGAGCACGCUGGCGGAGGAGAGGGUGGUGGUGCCCGGGGAGGCGAUCGGGAGGACGGUGUCCGGAUUCAUGGAGCCAGGCGGCGAGGGGGCGAGGGCGAAGCGGCGGGCCAGGGAGUACGCAGCCAUGGCGAGGGCGGCGGUUGCCGAGGGCGGGUCGGCCCACCGCGAUCUCGGCGGCCUGGUCGACGAGCUCGUGGCGAUGAAGAACGACCGGAAGAUGACGGGGCAUGAGCGGGAAACGCGGUAGCCCUCCAGGUUGUGUCGAAUCCAUCACGCAGAUGGUUUGUUAAAAGUUUUUCCUUUUUUGAGGAAAGUAGCAAUUAGGUGUUAGUUGUGUUGAAAUCUAUUGUAUACUAGAAAUGUUAAUAUGAAAUCUAUUGUUAGGUUUGUUUAAAAUGUUGAUAUGAAAUCUAUUGUUAGGUUUGUUUA